AACACCUUUGAUACAUAUGUCAUCUCAGUCCCACCACGCAAUUCCAAAGGCAAGCAGCUGAGGUUAAAGAAGAUACAAAAAUGGAGUCAACAUUACUCUUUUCGAGUACUUUGUCCCUCUCCAAGUCCUUCAUUUCUUCAACCCCUCUCUCCCAGCGGCUCUUCUCCACGGCUUGCCCGGGUGAACUCGUUCACUUCCAGCUCAGGCGCUGCGAGUUCAGCGGGGUUCGUUCGGGUCCUUUGGUUCGAGGUCUGGGCACUGUGGACCCGCACUGGAUCCGAUUUCAGUGCCCGGCUAGCUCUGCGCCCUCGUUUGCUUCCGGUGGCGGAGGGUCUGAUGGAAUUGAUGGAAAUGGUGGCGGUGGCGGUGAGGGUGACGGUGACGGUGCGGCUGAAGGUGGCGAGGGGAAGUCGACGGCGGUGGCCGCCGGGGCUGAAGAUGAUUCUGCUUUGAGUUCUGAUGUUAUUGUUCUUCACGUUGGAGGAAUGACAUGCGGGGGAUGCGCAGCAAAAGUGAAAAGAAUUUUAGAAGGUCAACCGCAAGUUUCUUCAGCUAAUGUGGAUCUCGCAACUGAGACUGCAACUGUCUGGCCUGUAUCUGAGGCCAAGGUUGCACCCAACUGGCGAAAGGAUUUAGGAGAGGCUCUUGCAAAGCAUUUGACAAGUUGUGGCUUCAAUUCUAAUCUUCAAGAUCAGGGAGCCGUUGAAGAGGAAAUUCCGUCAUAGAAUACAACAUAAUCUUGUAGCAAUAAACCAUUCUUCUUCAUGGUAAGAUGCUUCUCUUUAGCUGCUGCUGGCGGAUCUGUGGGAGGCAGUCUUCUCUAUUACUAGAAACUCCAUUCAAUUUGGAUAUUUUACCUUCUUGCUAGUCGAGAAAAUCCAUUCAUAAAGAGAGAGUAAUAUUAUACGAGUUUACUCUUUCAGUUGUCUUUCUUGUUGUAAGAUCUAACGAACAUUUGAGGUUUUGUUCGUGGCCUUUUCCCGCAAAGGAUAUGAUUUUUGUGCAACACAAGAAUUCAUAUAACAAUUUGUGCUUGUAUCUAUGUUUCUUCCCUAUCCACUCGAUUCCAGUAUUCAUAGGACAUUCAAUUCACUAGUUACUUAUUUUCA